GCUGAGUCGAAUAAGAUAGGCCAACUGAUUGAUGUUGCUGAGAUUUUAGCUGCUUCAGUUUUCCAAACGAUAGCAUUUAAAAUGAUGUCUAAAGCCAGAAUAUCAUCUCUGAUGAAAGUGAUUUCUAGUGGAUCAUGUAGCUGUCCGGCUCAUUCGCGGUCAUCCACUGGAGGCUUGAAUGUAUCUUCAGAAAAUGAAUACGCUUUCGAAAUGUCUUCUUCAACUAUACGCUACGGGCCGGGUGUUAGUAAAGAACUGGGACAUGAUCUGCAAAAUCUCAAUGCAAAGAAUGUAUGCAUUGUUACGGACCGUAAUGUGGCAAAACUCAAUUCGGUCAAGGUAGCGUUUGAUUCACUGACGCGUUGUGGAAUCCAGUACCAGGUUUACGACGAAACACGCGUUGAGCCAACUGAUCAAAGCUUACUUCAUGCUGCCGAAUAUGCUCGCCAAAAUAAGUUCGAUUCGUUUGUUGCUAUUGGAGGUGGGUCCGUUAUCGAUACCUGCAAGGUGGCCAAUCUAUUCAGUGCCGAUCGCGAAGCAGAAUUUCUAGAUUACGUCAACGCUCCCAUAGGCAAAGCAAAAGAGGUUAAUGUAAAACUGAAACCUCUAAUAGCCGUUCCGACUACGGCCGGGACUGGUUCCGAAACAACGGGAGUGGCGAUUUUUGAUUACAAACCACUACACGCAAAAACAGGUAUUUCCAGUAAAUAUUUGAGACCUCAAUUGGGACUAAUUGAUCCACUGCACACUCUAAGUCAACCUGAGAAGGUCGCUGCCUAUUGUGGGUUCGAUGUAUUUUGUCAUGCUUUGGAGAGUUUCACCGCAAUUCCUUACACCGAACGUGGAUCGGCCCCCAUGAAUCCAAAUCUUCGUCCACCGUAUCAAGGAAGUAAUCCUAUUUCCGACGUGUGGGCUCGUUUUGCAUUGAAGAUUAUAUGUGAAAAUUUUAUAUCGGCUGUGUUCAACCAAGACGACCUUAAGGCUCGUUCCAACAUGCAUUUAGCAUCAACGAUGGCUGGAGUAGGAUUUGGCAAUGCCGGAGUCCAUCUUUGCCAUGGGUUGUCGUAUCCAAUUUCAGGACAUGUGAAAAAGUUCGUUCCUGAUGGAUAUAGUGGCGACCAUCCGAUUAUACCACAUGGGCUAUCGGUAGUGAUGACAGCUCCAGCAGUUUUUAAAUUUACUGCUGCCUCUUGUCCGGAACGACAUCUGGAAGCUGCCGAAUUGCUAGGAGCAAAUGUUUCGAAGGCAAAUCGUAAUGAUGCAGGUUCAAUACUCUCGGACGUGGUUCGACAAUACAUGUACAAGCUGAAGAUUGAAAAUGGACUGGAUUCCCUAGGUUUUACACGCGACGACAUCCAAAGUCUAGUGAAAGGAACUCUACCGCAAGAACGCAUCACGAAGCUAGCGCCACGUGCACAGACGGAGGAAGACCUUGCGAGUCUGUUCGAAAAUUCGAUGACUGUUUACUAAAAUCGCAUGACGAUUAACCUUUAAUCCACAAAUAACCAUGCGUCUCCUUCAGUUAGCACAGCACGAAUCAAAUUACAGCCAUGAUGGAUGUACACUGAUCACAAUAAACGAGGCAUUAAUUGCCUCCUGUCAAAACUUCUAAUUUAGAUGAUAUUAGGUAAACAUAAAAUCUGUA